CGAUUUUGUUGACAAGAAAACAAAAAUGGGUCUCUUCCAAAGCUGUUUGCGGAACAAUAAAGUUGGCAUUCUGUCCGACGAAGAGGAAGCCGCCUACAAAAAAAUACAGGAGGUCAACAAAGAAAUGGCGCAUGAUCAAGAGAAGAAUGACAUUCAAACUCUCCCAGAGAUGAUGUUUUGUGUAACACCGAUUAAAGCCCAUGGGGAUACUAGUCAUGAUCAUGAUGAUAAUGACCUUUCUCCAGAUGCCAUUGAAAAGACUGAGUUGAUGAACUCCACCUACAAAUCAAGUGUGCCCACGUUACCUCCCCUCGUUGGACAAGUGAAGACAAUCCUGGUUCUGGAUCUUGAAGACGAGAACGCUUACGUUCAAUGGGAAGAAGAAAGUGAGAGAAUUCUUGUGGAGAAAGGUUUUCUUAAGAAGGAUAAAAAUAAGUUGACGGAACAAAGAAGAAAACAGCUUCUCCGAAGAAAUUCUAGACAGACAGUCAAUUAAAAGAACCCAAGACAUUUUGUGAACAGAAGAGAAGCUGCUGUUGUCUACAAUAGGAAGUUUGAACACUUCCAUAAUUUAUUUAUCUGAUUUCCGUCGUGAAUAUCUUGGUCGAAAGAGGAACAUUUAUAGGCUCUUUAAUUUGCAGUUUAUACUUUAUUUGACUUGUGUUUUUUCUUGCUCCUAUACAUAUUUAUAGGUGAAAUUUUUCAGAUGUGCGUAAUGAAGACAGAUCUGUGGCUCAUUGCUACAUGUAACUAUUUAUAUAUUCAAUGGAUUUAAACAACUUUGGCUUUUAAGGAAUCUAUAUUCCUCAAAAAAGGGUACUGAUUCCCUUUCAAAAUCAUAAAUGGUAAAUUUCCAUUUAGAUAUCUGAUAUUCUGU